UUUCAGAAAAUGCCAUCUAAAACCUUCUUGUUAACUCAUACAUUCAAGGAUAUAUCAAAACUUGGAGAAGGAGAAAGUUACUAUAGUGAUAUUGAAAUACGAUAUAAUAUUCCAUGGAGUAUCCAGGUUUUUAAAAACGAAAGUUUUCUCGGUCUACUCCUAAACUGUGAGAAGGAAGAACUGCUCGAGAAGAAAAAAUGGUCACUUCAAGUGAAAUUCACUAUGAAGCUAGUAGCUGUCAGUGGCAAAUUCUUCCAGCGGACUGUUAAAAAUGAAUUCCAAAAUCCGGAAGGACAUGGAAUGGAUAAAUUCAUAAGUUGGGAGAAUAUGCUAAGGGAUUAUGUGAAUAAUGAUAGUAUUGUCAUUGAAAUCAACGCCGAUAUUGUUAGCAGUUCAGGAUUCUUCAAACAUAAAUACUCUCCAUGUUCGCAAUCUUAUUCCGGAAAGUCCUUUGUGCUAAAACAUAACUUCAAAAACAGGAGAUUCGUAGAGGCGGAGAGAUGUUUUAGUGAUAUAGAAGAACAUUACAAUGUGCCAUGGAGAUUGCGAAUACAAAAAUAUAAAAAAGGAUUUCUCGGAAUACAUUUACUCUGCGAGAAAGAAACAUGUGAUGGAAGGAGUUGGUCGAUACAAUGCGACUAUGAAUUACAAUUAAUUUCUUCAAAAGGAAAGUGUUAUAGUAGACAUAGUACAUUUAAUUUCGAAAAGCCUGGGGGCAAUUAUCAAGAAGUUGAGUUUAUUAAUUGGAAAGUUAUGGAAGAAGAAUAUAUGGACAGCGAUAGUAUUUGCGUUGAAGCUCAUGUAAAAAUUUGUAAGACUCAAGAAUUGCCAUGCAAUAUUCUAUCUACACAUAGAAAAUUUGUACUAUCCCAUACUGUGAGAAAUAUAUCAAGUAUAAAUGGAGGAAACGUAUAUUUUACAGACAUAGAAACACGCUUCAACGUUCCUUGGAAACUGUCGUUUGUAAGACAAAGCGGAUUUAUCGAACUAUACCUCCGAUGCGAAAAGAAACAAUGCCUAUCCAGAACCUGGUCGAUUGAAGCCGAGUUUACAUUAAAAUUAGUGUCACCCCAUGGAAGAAGUUUAUCGUUACGGAAAAUAUAUUCAUUUGAAAAAUCAAUUGGUAAUGGUUACUCUAAAGUCAUGAGAUGGGAUGAAAUGAAGGACAAGUACGUUGUUGAUAACAGUAUCAUAAUUGAAGCUCACGUCAAGAUUCUGAAUAUGACUGGAAUUGAAUCUGAAACCACUAUUAAGAAGACAUCUGGAUUUACAAUACCCGUUGGAGAUAUGGAAUAUUCCAUGGAAAAGUGGAUGGAAAUGGCUUUCGAUCACUGAAAAUGAAAUUGGCGUAUAAAUGUUGAAUUUGUUUUAUUCUCAAAUAAAAGCGUUUAAUUAAA